CUCCCUCAUCACCGGCGACGGCGGAGACGCGACGCAACCACCAUUCUCCGCCACCGGCUCAGUCAUUGCAAUGGGCGAAGAAACCCCGGGAAACGACGUAAUCUACCUCCAUGGCGACCUUGACCUCAAGAUCAUCGAAGCCCGGUGCCUCCCCAACAUGGACCUCCUCGUCGAGCGCCUCCGCCGCUUCCUCACCGCCUUCAAGGCCUUCAAGAAGCCAUGCACCCCCUACCGCCGUCGCCGCCACCACCACAGCAAGAUCAUCACCAGCGACCCCUACGUCACCGUCUGCCUCGCUGGCGCCCGCGUCGCCCGCACCCGCGUCAUCUCCAACUCCCAGAACCCCGUCUGGGACGAGCAUUUCAACAUCCCCCUCGCCCACCCUGUCUCACAGAUCGAGUUCGAGGUGAAGGACAACGACGUGUUCGGCGCGGACCGGAUCGGGGUGGCGAAGAUGGAGGCGUGGCGGAUCGCGUCGGGGGAGACGAUCGACGAGUGGAUCCCGCUGAUCGGGCCGCAGGGGAAGCCGUACAAGCCGGACACGGCUGUGCGGGUGGAGAUCACGUUCACGCCGUGCAGCUCGAACCUGCAGGGCGUGACGGAUAGGUACGCGCUGCGGGAGAGCUACUUCCCGCUGCGGCACGGGGGGAAGGUGACGCUGUACCAGGACGCGCACGUGCCGGAUGGGAUGCUGCCAGAGAUAGAGGUGGAGGGCGGGCAGCAGUUCGAGCACGACAAGUGCUGGGAGGACAUAUGCCACGCUAUCAUGGAGGCGCACCACAUGGUGUAUAUCGUGGGGUGGUCGAUAUACCACAAGGUGAGGCUCGUGAGGGAGGCGUCGCGGCCGCUACCCCACGGCGGCGAACUCACACUGGGGGAGCUGCUCAAGUAUAAGUCCCAGGAAGGGGUGAGGGUGCUGCUCUUGGUUUGGGAUGAUAAGACUUCCCAUAGCAAGUUCUUCAUCAAUACUACAGGAGUAAUGGAAACUCAUGACGAAGAAACUCGAAAGUUUUUUAAGCACUCCUCGGUCACCUGCGUUCUUGCUCCUCGUUAUGGAAGCAAUAAGCUUAGCAUUAUCAAACAACAGGUUGUGGGAACAAUUUACACUCACCAUCAGAAAUGUGUGAUAGUUGACACUCAAGACCACGGCAACAACCGGAAAAUCACAACAUUCAUCGGCGGUCUCGACCUCUGCGACGGCCGCUACGACACACCCGAGCACCGCCUCUAUCGUGAUCUCAAAACUGUGUUCCGUGGCGACUAUCAUAAUCCCACAUUCGGUACAGGAACUAAGGGUCCAAGACAGCCGUGGCACGAUCUACACUGCAAGAUAGAAGGCCCGGCUGCUUACGACAUCCUCACCAAUUUCGAGCAGCGAUGGAAGAAAGCCACUAAAUGGAACGAGAUCGGUCAGAAGCUGACCCGAUUUUCGCGCUGGCACGAUGCUCUCAUCAAGAUCGACAAAAUGUCUUGGAUCAAUAGUCCUUCCAUGAACAUCCCAAAUGAUCAUCCUUUGUUGUGGGUUUAUGAGGAAAAUGAUCCUGAUAACUGGCAUGUUCAGAUUUUCCGGUCCAUAGAUUCCGGAUCGCUCAAGGGAUUUCCCAAGAGUGUGUAUGCAGCUGAAAAGCAAAAUCUGGUUUGUGCUAAAAAUCUGGUGAUUGAUAGAAGCAUUCAAAUGGCUUAUAUUCAAGCAAUUAGAUCUGCUCAACACUUCAUUUACAUUGAGAAUCAAUAUUUCCUUGGCUCAUCUUAUGCCUGGCCCCACUACAAACAUGCAGGGGCUGAUAAUUUAAUCCCAAUGGAACUUGCAUUGAAAAUAGUGAGCAAAAUAAGGGCCAAAGAGAAAUUCAGAGUUUAUAUUGUUAUUCCAAUGUGGCCAGAGGGUGUUCCCAGCUCUGCUGCUGUUCAAGAAAUCCUUUACUGGCAGGCACAGACGAUGCAAAUGAUGUACGAGCUCAUUGCUAAAGAAAUAAAGUCGGCAAAUCUGGUGAACGCGCAUCCAACAGACUAUCUCAACUUCUACUGUCUGGGCAACCGCGAGGAGUAUCAGAUGAAAUCGUCAAGCGAGGCCUCAUCGCUUCCAAACGCAGAACCAACGACGAGCACGAGGAAGACAAAAUCAGGCCGGUUCAUGAUAUACGUCCACGCCAAGGGAAUGAUAGUGGACGAUGAGUAUGUAAUAAUCGGUUCAGCCAACAUCAACCAACGCUCCAUGGCCGGUUCAAGAGACACGGAGAUCGCCAUGGGAGCCUAUCAGCCACACCACACAUGGGCCAAGAAGAAGUACCAUCCACGCGGCCAGGUGUAUGGGUACAGAAUGUCGCUGUGGGCGGAGCAUUUGGGGAAGAUCCAUCCUUGCUUCAAGGAAGCCAGCGAGCGGGAAUGUGUCGACUAUGUUAAUACAGUUGCGGAAGAGAACUGGAGGAGAUUCACGGCCGACAAGUUCAUGGCGUUGCAAGGUCAUAUCCUCAAAUAUCCAGUGCGUAUCGAUGGCGAUGGAAACAUCAGUUCUCGGCCCGGAUUUGAGACCUUCCCAGAUGUUGGUGGUAAGGUGUUAGGGGCUCCAACUAAUCUACCUGAUGCUUUGACAACUUAACCACAUCUUCAUUUUUAUUUGUUAUACUAAUUUUUCUUUAUAAUAUAUCAACCAGAAUUCACC